CCGCUCAGUUAUUUGCGACGCCUGUUUUGCGACCGUCGGUGCCGGUGGCUGUGUGAAGUAGGCCGUUGAAAUUGUUUUUAGCCGGGGUUGACUUGGAUGGCGUAGUGGUGUGCGGCCAGCAUGUGAGGCCUGGCGAAGGGUGAGGAACGGUUGUACCCCAGUCGGGUGAUUUGAGCGGCGGCGACGGACGUUGAGAGAAGGGCAGCCCGGGCACUAUGACAGUCUUCAGGCUGACGACGCAGGCCUACUGCAAGAUGUUACUGCACGCCGCCAAGUACCCGCACUGUGCCGUUAACGGCAUCUUGGUGGCCGAGAGGCACAAGAGAAAAGAGGGCCAGGCCGUGCUCUUCGUGGACUGUGUUCCCUUCUUCCACGGCACCCUAGCACUCGCACCCAUGCUGGAGGUGGCUCUCACUCUGGUGGAUUCUUGGUGUAAAGAAAAUAACUAUGUAAUAGCUGGAUACUACCAGGCAAAUGAGCGAAUGAAGGACACCAGGUGUGUAAGUCCAAACCAAGUUGCUGAAAAGGUUGCUUCUCGAAUUGCUGAAAGCUUCAGUGAUGCAGCCCUUAUUAUGGUACAGUAUUGCAGGGUUGAUAAUCAUAAAUUUACAAUGGGCUGUGAAGAACAAUCUAUUGUAGUAUAUGAACAUCAUGAAAACAAAUGGCGAUGCAAAGACCCAAAUACAGAUUUCUGUGAAGAUUGGUCAGAGGUGCAGCGAAUCACAGCCUGUCUACUGGAUGGUAAAUCCUAUGACUCCUUGGUGGAUUUUGAUAACCACAUGGAUGAUCUCAGGAAUGAUUGGACAAAUCCAGAGAUCAAUAAAGCUGUCCUCCAUUUCUGCUGAUUCACCUUUAUGUGAAUAUCCUUGGGCAUUCUCUUGACAAAUGGAAAUGUGCAGCUGCCUUUGGCUGUAAUGCGUUACCCUUUUGAAUGUGAAGUCUGAACAGUAAAAUGAAAGUCAAAACGUUGAGCACUCCAGUUCACUGCCAAGGGAUAUCAAGUUUUUCAAGUCUCCUGAUAGUUGAGCCAUGGGUCUCUUUGGUUUUCUCAGGAAAACAAGAUUUGCAGUCAAAUUGCCCUUUCUGUUAAAUCAGAUUUUGGAUAUUUCUAAAGAUGUGAGUUAUUGUGUAAUUUGAAAAGAAUUCAAUCAGUUGUUAACACUGUAAGAAUAACGUGUUUUAACAAUUAUUUGAUUAAAUCAAUUUAAAGAGCACCUGACAAUAGCUGUAGUUGAUACUUUUCUUCAGUUGCUGAUGCAGUUCUCCAAUACUUAGGAUUUUGAUCCUGUUAGUUUACACAGGUAAGUGUGCAAACUUUCAGUUGAGAAAAUACGUUUGAGGUUUAGGGCUUUGGAUAAACUAAAUGAUUACAUUUCAAAGAUAUUUCAUUGGUUCUAAAGCAUUUUUGGCUAUUUUGAGUUUGUGAAAGAAAGAUGCUGGGUUAAUCAUUCAUAUCAGUAACAUUUUGAGGAAUCCAUUAAUUUGAAACUGAUUCCUUGUAUAACAACAUUCUAGUUGGAAAACAAGUCUUUAAAUUGCAUUCAAGUACCUGACAUGAUAUUUUGAACAUCUGAUUCUUGAUCCUUGUCCAUGUAUUCUAUCAAAUGUUUUAAAGGAGUGAGUAAAAAUGAUUUGUCAUGAAAUGUUCAUAACUUUUUGAAAUUCUCAUAAUUCAUCCAAUUUGGAUUUGCUUUAUUAUAUCCAAGCUUUCUGAUAGUAAACGAUUGAUCUUCAAAUUACAAAUCUGUGUGCAACCUAGUGUCUGUAAACUUUUUAUAAAUUAUAUUGUACAGUAUAUUUUCAUUUGCAGUCUACUUGGGAUCUGAGAUAUGCAAAUAAGUUGCCAUAUUGUAUUAAUAUUUCUUGGUUACAGUGCAGGAAGUUGUUUUUCACCUUUUAUCUCCACUGAUGUUUCCAGAUUUUCAAAAACUGCAAAAUAAUUAAAAAGCAAAGUAUUUGCAUUGGAGGGCACUUGAAUUUCUGUUUGGGUAACAAAAUAAUUACAGUACUUUUCUCAUGAUUAUAAUUGCUUACCAAAGUGUGUUAAAAUGGGUUUGACUAUUCUGGUUCUGCAGUUGACCUGUUGUUCAAUUAGUCACUUACUACCAUAUUUUUCACAGUAGAAUAGUUUCUGACUGGUACAAAAAACUCUAAUACAUUUUUGUGAAUGUAUAUUCUGCAGCUAAGCUACAAUCAGCCUCAGCAUCUGUGGAAGGAGAAACAGUUAACAUUCUUUUCAAAGAUAUUUCAUCGCAAAGUUCUUUAGCUCGACAUAUGAAUUUUUUUUUUACCCACAAAUGCCCUCAACCUUAGAAUUUUUAUUCAAGAUUUUCACUGCAUUUUUUUCAUUCCUUCAAGCCUUAGUUUAAAUCUAGUCAAAAUUCUUUUCUUUUUGAUCUGAGCUGUGUACCAACAAACAUUCUUGUUUAGGUUGGAGGUGAUAUGUUAGCAUCGAGAGGAAAUCCAAAGCUGCAAAUAGUUAAUGAAAACAAAUAAACUGAAUUUUUCCACAAAAGCACAUUUAUGUUGGUUCCUUAUUUCCUGAAGUAUGUUUUAAGAAGAACUGCAGUCUGCUUGGAUCAAUUAACAUGGUUUUUGCUCUGUAAAAGAAAAGUAUAUUUUGCUUUUUAUUAAGUUGUAGUUCAACAUGGUGAGAAGAUUUUAAUGCAUCUUUACAGAGCAGGAGCCAAAAGAAAACUGGUUGCAUCUCAUUGCUCACCUGCUGAAAAAAGCAAUUGUCAUUCUUCUUCUCCUCUUCUGUUCUCCGCCCCCCCACCAAUGAUUCUUUCAAGAUUGUCCUCAAAGCAGUUGCCAGAAGAUUUUAUUUGAAGUUGGGUCACAGAUCGGCUGUGAUCUCAUUGGGAUAAUGGUUUAAGGGCCUAAUUUGCCUGUGUCUAUUCCUUUUGAAGUUUUCAUAGUUUGUACUUUGUUCUAACCACUUAAAUCCACUAUUUACAAAAAGAAAAUGUCAUUUAAAUGUAAAUAUUGCUGUUUAAACUCAAAGGAAUACUUUAUUCUUUAUAACAAAGGCCUUAAGUUUUAGUAGGGUAAUGAUGGGAGACAAAUUGCCAUAUAAAACUUUUGAAAUUAUUUUCAAUAACUAUCUUGAAUGAGUACUGUAAUCGUGUCUGUUAAAGCUGAAAUCCAUUACGUUAAAUGUGCUGUAGCAUGAAAGACAAACUGUAGGUUGAAGUGGGUAAGAAAAAAUGUUUAAAAGCUUAGAGUACAAAGCUGAAACUGCAAGGGGAUUGUAUAUGGUUACAAUCAAUGAUUUGAUACUACUGAUUCAAAGCAUUUAUCCUUUCAUCCUUUUCAGGUCCUGACUGACCUGAUUCUAAUGUUAUGUAUUUUUCAUUUCCAGCAUUUGAUUUCAUCCAAUAAAAAUACAAAACUA